UAAAACGUGAAUUUUUUUGGUGAAAAAGCGCAAAAGCAUGUCGUGAAUGGCGCUAGGGUAACUUGCAUAAUGUUUGCAUAAUUUUUAAUUUGUCUUGCAUAAUUUGGCCUUCUAAAUUUUCAUAAUUCUGCGGGGAGAGAUACUACCUCCACAAUAUUUGUUAGAGAUAGAGAUUACCAGGCCUGUCAGGCAAGGUUGUUGGUGGAGUACACCCCAGUGAGUACACUCCAGAUUAAUAGAAUUACUUUUAAUCUCCUUGGGUACACCACAGACUCUGGGUACACUUGGACUUGGAACUCUUCUGUGAAAGGAGGCGUAUCCAUACGACAACAAACAUGGCUGAUAUCACAGCUUCCAGCACUGAAAAGUGUAUGAUUUGCUCUUCGACAGACAGUUUGAAACGCUGUGCAAGAUGCAAAUCUGUCGCAUAUUGCUGUAGAGACCAUCAGAAACAAGACUGGAAGUCCCAUAGAACAUUAUGUCAACCUAAAGCUGUAUCAAAAAUCUGCAGUGACAGUGAGACGAGUUCCAAUGAGCCUUGGCGAGGCCGAAGUCAAAGCCAAAGCCAAAAUGAUGAUGAUAGAUCUAGUGACAAUAAUACCAAGAACUUUGUCAGUGAACUAAUUUCUCAACAAAAAGAAAUUGAAAGUAUCUUAGACUUCAGUUCUGUAACACUUCCCAGCCAGAGCAAUGAUAAUGAAACAGUACUGGCUUCUGAAGAACCCAAAAAUAUCUUUACGGACUUAAUAAAUUCAGAAGUUGACACUUACCAUGGACCACAUACUGAUAGUUAUACAGAGAAUGAAAGUGUUAGUUUUAGUUAUGGUGAAUGUACUGAAACCCAUCAAAUUGAUCAGAUUCCUGGAGACAUCUCUGUGGAUCAGUAUAUUCCUAAAACUGAGGACCCUGCUAAUGUUCAUCAUGCAGUUCAGUCUGUAGACGAAGAUGGUGACCUCAUGCCAUUUGAUUCAAGACCACUCCGGCGCCUGAAGUUCCCAAAGCCUGAUUCCUAUGAUCAUCAAGAUCUUGCUGAGUUUAUUAGCCUUCGACUUAUAAAUCUUGGCUAUUGUGUCGUUGAUGAGGUUUUCACGGAUGAAGUUAUUGAUGGAGUUAUCUCAGAGCUGAAAGGACUGAAAAACACUGAUGGGCUCAAGACAGGACAGUUAGCAGGUGGUCGAACUAGUGGUAAUGAUGAUGAGAAAGUUACAGAAACAGCAAUACGCAGUGAUAUGAUCAAGUGGAUUGAUGGAUCAGAUUCAGAGGAAACCCUCCCAUUUGGCCAGCAAGUUAUUUCAACAAUGGAUUCAAUUAUGAACUUUAUCAACAACUCUUACAUGAAGCCAUAUGGUUUUAUACAAGGCAGAACAAAGGCAAUGCUUGCAUGCUAUCCAGGUAAUGGGACAUAUUACAGGCGCCAUGUUGACAAUCCCAAUAAAGAUGGCCGUCGUAUCACAUGCAUAUUGUACCUCAACAGGGACUGGGAUGUACAGAAAGAUGGAGGACUCCUCCGUAUUCUACCACCUCAUCUAGACAAGCCAGUCGAUGUUCCUCCUUUGGCCAAUAGGCUCUUAUUCUUCUGGUCAGACAAAAGAAACCCUCAUGAGGUGCAACCAGCAUUCAAGGAAAGAUAUGCAAUGACAAUCUGGUAUUUUGAUGCUCAGGAGAGAGAGACAGCCAAGAUAGAAGAAAUCCAGAAAGAAGCUCAACAAAUCACUGCUAAGAUUGAGCUGUUGGAACAGAAAAGAGGAGAACUAGAAGAGAUCACAAGGAAGCAGUUGCUAGAGAACAGGGCAAUGGCUAAAAGAUCAAAAAAGAAAAAGUUUCGUUAAAAAAAAACCAAUUCUGUGAGAAUCAUGCUCUUUGCUCAGUAUUAAUAUAAAUUAUAAAUAAAAUAAGAUUAAGAAUAUAUGGAAAGUUGUUUUUUUAAUCUUCUGGCAAUUUUCAAAAAAGCAGCAGGAAUGAGAGACUUGAGGUCCUCUAGAACGUUUUAUUAACAAUAAAAUAACUUAGCACUCGUGGUGCACAACAGUUGCAGUUGCAGUACGGUACAGUGGAACUCGGAUUCAACGAGGUCGCCGGGCCUGACCUAAAAUCUCGUUGAAUCCAAGUGUUUGUU